AUGAUAGUUAGAAAUGUACUUACCAGGAAAGUGUUAUGCUGCCUGCUCUUUUUCUUACCCGCUAUCGUUGUCGCUUCUGAAUCCGAAUCUGAAUGUGGAGUAGCGGGGCUACAGACCACAGCGAAGGGUCUAGGUUUCGAGGGAUCUGAGAUAUCUCGUUACCUCACUUUGGUUAAGAGAAUAGACAAGUGCAUAGCAGCAGAUAAUAAGAAAGACAGGAACUAUGCUGAUACCCUAAAGCAACUAAGGAAUCAGCUCUACUACAAGGCAGGAUUGCUUCAAUUAUCCCUUGGACAAGAAUUGAAAGCUAUGUCAUCCUUUGAAAGCAUGCUGAGAGAUCAGGACUACAGGAACUCGUACACUAGCCUUGCCACAAAAAGAUUGAAUGAACUAUACAUUGAAUUUGGGUUUUGGGAUAAACUGACAAAUGAUGAGGAUAAUAUGGCGGAGAUCUUUAGUUCUCUAAAUUCCACGCUUUUCCAAAAAUUAGAGAAGGGUGCUAGCAGUAUAGACACUUUGCCGGACGAACUGAGACCUAUGCUAGAUAUUUCACCCUACGAUUUGACUACCCUGCAAGUUUCCAUCGAGUUUUUGACGAAAAAGCUUUCCGAGAAUUUAGAACCUUCUUUCGCCAAUGAACUAGUAAGACAUUACGAUUUGGUUUUGGAAAAAUACAAGACAUCUCUGACUUUAGACCAACGUUUGAAAAUACACCAUGCAAAUGCUAUCCUUUUGAUGGUUGUACUGAACUCAGACCCAUCUCAUCAAUUAAGAAGGUGCUUAGCGAUUGACAUGGAUUACUCCCCUUGUAAAAUCCUUACUCUACUCAAUUCGAAACUAGAGAAAAUCAAUCCACACCGGGCUCAAAUACUUGAUCCGGACGUUUAUGCGUUCCCCGAGAGGGAGCGUGGUGGUAGGCAAGCGACAGAAGUUCAUUGGGAAAACUUGGCAAAGUUUUACCUGGAUCUAACCUCAAAGCCAUGCAUUCGGAAGCUGCCAAAGGACUAUAAGUUUGCAAAUAACUAUGAACUUAUUAUGGAUACGAUGAGCAAACUUUUGAAUCAACUAUUUGAAGACGAUCAACCUCUAGCAACCAGGAGGAUGAUUGAAGUGAACACAAAAGGAAAAUACGCAACAGAGUUUGGCAAAUACAUAGAUCUAAUUGUGUGUGAAUCCAGUAUCCACACUUCUCAUCCAAUCACAAAAAAAUUGAAGCUAUCUCAAUACUGUAAAAAAUGCCUAAAAUCCGUGUUAGACGAGGAGCAAUGGGAAGAUUUCAAUAAGGCUUUAACUAAAAAAGAAAGGUUGCCGGAUAAUGUUUUGAAUGGCCUGUGGAACAAUUAUCCAAAUAUGGCCAUUUACAUGGUUGAUACUAUUCUUCACAAACAUAAAGUGAAGAGCGGUGGUAUAAGCCCUGUCCAAGAUGAAAUCCUGCAGUUUUUCACAGAUAAUCACCUCAACGAGUCAGAGAACAAGUUUAUCAAAAAGCAAAGAGACUACAUUAACAAGCUUGUGGAGAAGAAACAGCAGCAAGAACAAGAGCAGUUCCAAAACCACCAUCAACAAUUCUUUAACUUCGGACAGCAACAAUAUCAACAACAUCAACAUCAUCAACAGCAGCAGCAACAAUAUGCGGAGCCCCCUCCAAAGACAGAUAAGGAUUACUAUAAGAUUUUAGGGGUUGCAAAGAACUCCGAUUCAAAGAAUAUCAGGAAAGCCUAUCUCAACUUAACGAAGAAGUAUCAUCCAGACAAACAGGGCCAAUUAUCACAAAAAGAGCAAGAACAAAAUCAUGAAAAAAUGUCUGAAAUCAAUGAAGCUUACGAAAUAUUGGGCGACGAGAGUAAGAAGAAAGAAUAUGAUGACGGGAGACUUGGCAAUGGGAAUGCUCAUUUUAGACAACAGCAAGGUGCUCCUUUUGGAAGGAGAGGAGGUCAAAUGAAAUUCAAACAAGGUGGUGGCUUUCCGUUCGGUAACGGAAAUUUCAAAAUGAACUUUGGUCAUUGA